UUUAGGAUGAAACUUGCUAGUUUAUUAAUCGUUUUUAUCUUCAAUGAGAUAUUAUUGACGUUUGUUACAACCGUUCCUACUCGAAAAGCUUUAGCUAGACAUGAUGAAAAUUAUUACACGUCAAAUGAUGUUAAUAAAUCAUUAAAUGAUGGGGCUGAAACGUCUGGCAAUCCUCAAAUUCAAAAAUUUAAAGAAACUUUAACAAAAAAUGACAAAGAUAUGAAUAAUGAUGUGGGCAAGUCUUCUAAGAAAAGUGAAUAUUAUAAAAAAUAUUACCAUGAAAAUAGAGAAAGGAUGUGUGAAAACAAGCGAAAUUACUAUAAAAGGAAUAAAGAAAGGUUAGAAAGUAAUUAUAGGGUUUACCGUCAAAGAAAUAAGGAAAAGAUACAGGAAUACAGGAAAAUGUAUAACAAAAAUAACAGGGAGAAGUUGAAUGAAUACAUGAGAAAAUACCGACAAAAUAAGAAAAACGUUCAAUCUAAUAAUAAUGAAGGAACUUCAUUUGUUAGUCCACAGACUGGUGAUUUUAUUAAUAAAGGUAAAUUACCAAUUGUUUGCGAGGAAGAAGAAAAUCUUUUUAAUAAACGAGAGGAAGAAUUCAAUAAUGACAAAGAUGGGCAAAAACAAAUCGAAGUAGAAGAGCCGAAUAAAAUUCUUGAAGAUGAAACAAAUACAAAUCACAUGGAUUCAAUUAAGAAAACGCUUCCUUUUGAUCUGAACGAGGAACCUGAUAAUGAAUGA